AUGGACAAUGAAAAUCAUGUGAAGGAUGUGGUAGAGAAGCCUAAUAAAGAUGUUAAAGAGAAUAAUCCUGAAAAAAUCUGCAAACUGAACUCGGAUGGUGCUGAAUGUGUUUCAUUAGAAGAAAAGACAAUGGAGACUACUCAAGUGGACCAUGAGAAACUUUCUUCAAAUGAACCCCCUCAAAGGCAGGAAAUGGAGCUUGACAAUGUUCAGCACGUUGAGGAUGUAGAAACGAAUGAUGCGGCUAAUUUGGAUAAAGAUGAACGUGACCAAGAUAGUCUGAUGGGGCAAGGUGUGGAAACAGCUCUUCCUACUGAAACUGAUGGGGAUGACCAGACUGAUGUAGUUGCUGCCAGAAAUGAAGGGGAUGAUGCUUUGCGGCUGAACAAGCACGAAGCUGCUAAAAUAGAUUCCCUUGGCGUAAAUUCUCCUGAAAAGGUUGAAGACAUGAGUGGAGAUACCUUCAAGUCUUUUUCUACUCAAUCAACACUGCCUUGGAUGGAAGAAGGCGGUGAUGGAACGCUAGAGGAUCAAAUUGCAUUCAUGAAGGAACUUGAGAGUUUUCACAGGGAGAAGGCACUAGACUUCAAACCUCCCAAAUUUUACGGGCAGCCACUAAAUCUAUAA